GAGCCGUCACCGACCCCCCUCCGCCGGCGGAGCGCCCCCGUCCCGCCCCCUCCCCUCCCCUCCGGGCCCCCCCGGCGGCGGGGGCGAGGCUGCCCCGCGGGUGACCCGCCCGGCGGGCGCGGCCCCACCGCAUCACACGAGGGGGCAGCGCGGCCGCUCGCUCUGCCCCGGCGCCCGCCUGCCUCCCUCCUCUCGCCGCCUCGCCGCAGCCCGGGCUCUGCCGAGUCAAAGCGCGGAUCAGGUUCCCUGCCUCCACUAUAAAAAUCUCGGCGAGAAAUCUCCGGCGGGAGAGAGAGAAAGAGAGACACGGGGCGUGGGGUGUGAGGCGGCGGCCGGCGAGGAGCCCGUCCGUGGGGAAGCGAAGGGACGCGCUGCGGCGGCGGCAGCAGUAGCCUCUGCUCACUGGGGACGCCCAGGGCUCGCCCCUCUCAGCUGCGGGAGAAGAGUCUUUCGCCGCCCGAAAAUGCAACAGCAACAACAGCAUCGUCGACUGUUCACAGCUGCCCUCCUGGCACUUGUUUUCAUUCUGGCAGCUGUGAGUACCACCGAGGCUGGCAAAAAAGAGAAACCAGAGAAAAAGGUGAAAAAGUCUGACUGUGGAGAAUGGCAGUGGAGCGUCUGCGUGCCCACCAGUGGUGACUGUGGCCUGGGGACGCGUGAGGGCACUCGCACUGGAGCUGAGUGCAAACAAACCACCAAGACUCAGAAGUGUAAGAUUCCCUGCAACUGGAAGAAGCAAUUUGGAGCGGAGUGCAAAUACCAGUUCCAGGCCUGGGGAGAAUGUGACUUGAAUACUGCCUUGAAGACUCGAACUGGGAACCUAAAGAGAGCCCUUCAUAACGCUGACUGCCAGAAGACUGUCACAAUCUCAAAGCCCUGUGGGAAGCUUACCAAACCCAAACCUCAAGAAUCCAAGAAGAAGAAAAAGGAAGGCAAGAAACAAGAGAAGAUGCUGGAUUAAUGGAACCAACUUGGGCAAUGUGAGAAAGGGACAUCAGCAAACACGAUCAGUUAACAGUUUCAUUUAUACCUAGGCAUUUUAUCCUAAAAUUAUUUAUAGCUUAAUGGUACUAUAGAAGGAAACAAACAAACACAGAAAAAAAUUCCUUUUUUUUAUUGCUUUAGUAUUUUUAAUGUAUAACCUUAACAACAAUUUUUAGAGGCCUGUAAUAAAGGACUCCAAACUCAUUUAGAAAAUUAUGUCUAUUGUAUAUUGAACAACAUAGAGGUUUUAAAUAAGAUUUUUUUCUCAAGUCUUGCCAUAGGUCUCAAUCUGGUAAUUACUCCAUGCAAGCAGAUCCUGAACCUGUGUGGAGCUCUGCUGAAGCCAGUGGUGCCCUGUGUGAACAUAGGAGUCUGGCUGGAUGCAAUUAUAUUUAAGAAUGGGACCUUAUAUUUGAAAAAAACCAGACUUGUUUCUUAAGUUCUUAUUACAUCUGGAUAACUGUAUGAAAUUAUUUGUUUAAGGAAAGGAUGGGGGCAUUUUGUUGAGUAUUUACAGGCAUAUAAUUUUUUUGGAUGUGUGGUGAAUGUUCAUUCCAAAAUGCCACCAUCUCCAGGUAAAAACCAGUAGCACUCCUAUCCUUGGCCAUAUUUUGGAUGUUGGCAGUAAAAAUUCUGAAAUAUUUCAACAGUUAGACAUAGAAGAGUCCUAAUUUUUCACAAUUUUCUAGCAAUGAUUUUUCCAAGUGGAAUGAUAGCAAAACUUUCAAUUUUUUACAUAUCAACACUGGUGGAUGGUAGUAUCCUCUGUUUUACCUAUAAAAGCUGAAAAACAUUUUCUUUUAUUUGUUUAUUUUGCCAGAAGGGUGAAUAUCCUUUUCACAAAAAUCUAGUUGAAAUUGUGAUUCUUCCUGACCCAACUCUGUUUCGUAUCAAUGGGAAUCUUCCUGUUUUUAAUUAUAGCUGUUUGAAAAAUAGUAUGUCUGGUGGGAAGUAGCAGAAGAAAUCUGUUUGGAAACUCCCUGAGAUAGUUCAUAUUUUUGACCAAAAAAGGGACAAUUUGUGGGACUUGAAACCAAUAGGAAUGAAAUUAAUUUUUGUUUCUCUGUUAGUAAAGCAUAAGGGAAACCAUAAAGCCAGUACCUUUUGCUUUCUUCCAUUUUUAUAUAAGAAAAAAGACCUUGGAAAAGCUCAGUCAAAAUAAGAAUAGGUCUGUGAUUUUUUUUUUUUAAUUUUUUAAUGGUCUGCAGAGGAAAAAAAAGAAAAAUUAUAAUAGGCAGUUUUCAGUUUUUUCAAUUUUACCUAUUUUAAAUUAUCAUAAGUCCUCAGAAAAGUCAUGAAGUAGAACAAACAUGUGACAAAGGGUUGGUCUGUCCCCAGGUAAAGGGUUGUUUAACAAAUAACCAGCAGACCAGAAUUUUUAGAGGAAACAUAAGGGAUUUCAGUGCCUAAAUUAAUUUCAAAAUCAUUGCUUUUAAAUUCUAAAUCUUAUAAUUCAACAGUAAGAAAUAGGCUUUGCCAUUUUUGUAGACUGCAGGCUUGCUUGUUGGUCAACAGGAAUAUUCUCCCUUGUGCUGCUGCGGGUACCCACUGACUUCAGCGAAGCUGCAGCAGGGUGUGUUCAUCUGAGUAAAUCACAUUGCUCUCUUGGGAUAAGCUUGUAGACAAGCAGAGAGUCUUUUUCCAGACUAACAUCACUCCCCUUUUCUAUGCAAAAAAAUUAUAACAAUUGCAGAGCUUGCCCUCUUUUUUUUUUCUCACAGGGAGGGUAUGGCUGAUCUGAACUCACAGUGAGGCAAGGCCUUCUGUAGACGUUCCCAAACCCUUUUGAAGCCAGCUGGCCCAGGCUACACAUAGCUCAAGGUAGACUAGCCAUACAAUUAUUUUCCAGACUCCUCAGGUGUGUUUUGCAGUCUGUGCUGAUGUCCUUGUUACUUUGGCUCUGCUGUUAGACAUGCCUGAGCCAGUGGUACAGUUAAAAAUGUCCCCAACGUGUGGUGGAUGUGCAAUGACCAAAUCCAAAAUCAUGAAGGCUCAUAUUUGGGUGGUUCUGGGUGCUACUUGGUUUGUUCAUGGUCUAAUCAGGUCUACCUGUGCUUGUGCCUCAGACUUAAAAUAAUGGAUUGGUAGGUCUGACUGAAAACAAAUGGAGAAAGAAGCUUUUUCACUCACCAAAGGUUUGUCUGUCUAAAUGCUGCAUCAGUUCACUUAAAGUGGUUCAGCUUUGAGUGCAAACACUGUUGCACCAUUGUCUUACACUGGUUAAUCUAGUCAUUGUUACAUAGGGAGCUGGCAGGAGUUGGGAAUGAUGCUGAGACCAACAGUUUGACUAUCCUUUAGCAAACCUUAGAUGUGACUUCUGAUUUCCACCUCUGUGAAUAAGGGGAAAAUAAAUUCCCCUGUGUUUCCUCUGACACCUUAUGGCCCUUAUCAUUAACUGUCCAUCUGGCUUAUUAAAGGAACAUUCCUAAUAGAUUUUGAAGGAGGCCAGUCAAGUUCCUAUGGUGGUGUAGGGCCUCCAUGGAGAGAGUUUACAGAAAAUAAAGAAACAAACAAAAAAAUACCAUGUUCGGACCAGAAGAAAGCACAGCAGUCCUGGUAGCAAAGGGUGUGAAAUAGGAGAACACUUCCUCUGUACUACUCAGCCACGCAUGUUUGGAUCUAUAUUGCCAUCUUAUUGUUGACAGUGAUUGGAGUUGUAUCUGUCAUAGUUUAUAAACAAGAAAGAAAAUUUCCAGGAAACCAGCAGAAAACACUUUGUGAAAACUCUGGCUGUGAAGGAGAUGACAGAAGUAAUUCAUAGCAAAACAUAGAGGAAGACUGAGUAGAAUAGGUCAGUCAGGCCACCUCUGAAAGGAGGUACUUGGUACCUAACAGGAGUAGUUGCUUCACUAGUGAUAUUAUCAAGAAAGCAAGAGGCAAGUAUCUGAAAAAAAACAUCUUCCCACCCUAUUGUGCUCAGUUUCCUCUUGAGUCAUUCUGAAAUUUCUCCUUAUUUGCUUUCUAAUCUACCCUCCGUUCUUUAGGAGAGAAAGCUUGUCUGACAGUGCUGUGGGGGCAGCUGCUUCAGAUGAAAUAUGCGUUUUACCCUCUUGGUGCUAUCUUUUUAUGACAGAAAAUGACUUAGCAUAGACGCGUGGCUUAGCUAGUUGAACCGACCGAAGCUUGUUUGAUGAAUGUCCCUCUUGGGACAUGGUUUCCAUCUUCUUUUGCUACAACUAUACUAUGGUAUGGGGAGAUGACAGAAAUCCCCUAAAUGACAGUCUUUUUGUGGGCACUCAAAUCUUUUAGAAAAGAAAGGGUGAGUUGCUGAACAUUAGCUAAGGAUGAAUCUGCAUCCAAACUCUGGGUUCUAGCAAGUUUAAAAUUAGGGGCAUUUGGGUAUAGGUAUAGCUCCCGUCCCUUCCUCUAACUAGGCUGAGCCAUGCUUCUAAGCAAUUAGACCUGUCUAUAUCUUGAUUCAAAACAAUAUUUGAGGAUUGGGGCAUUUUCUGACUUUGACAUGUCUCCUGACAGAAGUGUCCAUAUUGAAAGAGAAAAAUUGCUUGUCAGCCUGGCAUAUUUAACAGCCUAUUAAGUGCAGAAAAAUUGUAGGGUAAGGCUCCACGAAGGGAAAACAUUUGUUGUACGUGCAGGUAGAUGAUAAGUUGUAACUUACUGAUUCUCAUCUUCUAAUUCCAUAAUGACAUUCUGGACUGUACUGUUUCUCAAAGGAGAAAAAUUAGAAGAAAUGAAAGAGUAAUAAUUACAAAACAUAUCAACAGACAGUGCUGGAGACAGGUAUGAAGUCAGGAGCAUUUUACAUAAACUUAUUUUGCAUGCUCCUUGAGUAGGGAAGGCAGGAUUACUGGCUGGCACAUUUGUUUUUAUGUUUUCCUUGCUUUAUGCCUUAAUGAAAACUAAUAAAAUGUACAAUGUUACAGAGAAGGAAAGUCCCACUCCAACCUCAAAAGAAUGUGUCCAACAGGAAGCAAAGUCUAAAGGAGACAAUAUAAUGUCUGCCUUUUCUGGUUUAGGAGUGCAAGUUAUGAUGAUGUUGAUAGGACAAAACAUAUCAUAUAUCUUUAACUUUGGUGUUCACCACUUGGCAUGUGGCAAUGGACAAAUCAAGUAAUACAAUGGAGCAUUAGGACAAACGAAGGGGAAUUGAAUACUUGUGGAGAUUGUUUAUGGAAACAGGCCUAUAAAACUGCUGAAACUAGCCAUGCUUGUAGCAGCAAGCGUCUGAAGAUAAAUAUUGUGUGGCAUUCACAUUUGUUUAAUGAAAUCCCUUACCAUAUGAUGAACUGUAUCUGAGUUUCCUUAGUCUAACAUCAAUGAUGAGGGUGGGACAAAAGUCAAUCUCAUUUUCCUUCAGUCUAGGAACUCCAACAACAUUAACAAUGUAAACCUGCCACUUUUCUAAAGCAAAAGAUUGGUGAGGUACACCAUUUUGACAUGACAGAGUAGUCUUUCACAUCUCCCAGAUUCUUACAGGAAGGGGAAGCAGUAUGUCAAUGGCGGUAGAUAUCUCAUAUUCCGUCUUUUUAAACUCUCUAGGACAGCAUCUUCUGUGAAAUUCUGACUGUGUUCUCUCCUUUGUGGGGACAGAUUAUACCUGUUGUCUGUCUUCCCCCACUCAUCCCUAAUUGCAAUAGUAUUUGUAGGUUUUCUGUCAAUUCUGCUAAGGCAUUCUACCUCUCAGCCAAACUUCUGUGUAUGUUGUUGAUCCUUCCUCAUGCUUGAGACUGUAUUCUCCAUUACUUGCUGGAUUGUUGCAAAAGAGCCCCAGCAAGCCCCUACCAUCGGGUACCACUCACUGUGUUCUUCUAAGAUUAAAAGACACAGCAGCAACUUGUUAAUCAGAAGAUUACAAUGAACAAGGAAAUGUGAGAAUGAGCAAAGAGAUUCCCUGGAUUCACUGGGAGGGUGGCUUGGUGAUAAAACCGUUGCCAUAGCUCAACCUGGGUAAGGCUUCCUAGGGGAUAGAAGUUCAUCACAUUUGAUCGAAAAUUAGAGACAAUGAUGAAAGAGUGUCUGCCUCAAACAGAAAAAAACACCUUUGCGAGGUAAACAGUGGCAAGAAGCUGCAUCCUUUCCCACUGUGUCCUCUUUUACCAUCAAAUUAAAGGGAAGAGACAUGGUGCAGAGAGCUUCAGGGAUAUUGGAAGACUUGCCUGAGUGCAGCAGAGUACAGAGAGAGUCUCUUCCACCCUGUGGGUGUUUGCAUUUGUAGAAGGUCUGUGUAGUCUUGUUCAUAGCAGCAGAAAACUUUUUGUGCUUUUGGACCGAAACUAAAUGAUGCUGAAGCCUAACCAUUCUCCUAAUGUCCCCUUUCUGUUACUCUUCAAAAAUGGCAGUCUGCCUUGUGGCCUCAUCACUCUGACCUGAGCAGAAAUGAGAUAUUUCAAGGAAAACAUGGAAAUUCAACUAUAUUCAACUCUCAUUAUCUCAUUGGUGGGUCUAUGCAAUCCUUUUGCUCUUUCUGCAGUUUGCCAUUUAAAUGUGGAGUGUCUUGGGGUCCUGGACAGCUAAAAACUCAGUAGGUUUCUCCUAGCCUUUAAAUCACUUUUCUUUGAGUGAGCUGCCUAAGAAGAAAAUGACUUACAGUUCUUUUUACUUUCUUAAAAAAAAAACAAUAACAAACAAAACCCAUAACAAAACUGAAGGCAUGUGUACAGUGUAUGUCUUUAGUGGUCAGAUACAACAGAGGCUCCCAAGUAUUCCCAUUUCAGAAGGUCGUUCAAAGUUAAAGACUGUACAAAAGCUUUAGCCCUGAAUUCUGUGAUAUAAAGCUAGAAAAAUAGAUAGCCUUUGCAGGGCUCUCUUACCCAUGCCCAAUUUUAUUCUAUUAAACACUGUUUGAAUUCCCUCACCCUGAUCUACCUGGCAACAAGACAUUAUUUGGCUUUUCUCAUUAGGUCAUUCAUUACACUUCCCAUACUAUAAUUAUGUAGUUCAUCUAGAUUUUUAUGGCUGAAGGAAAUGUCUCUGAUAAACCAGAGUGUGUCGUGGUUGCUGUGGGGACCUGAAACAGAGGCAGUCUAGUACCACUGCACGUUGGAGCUAGAAACCACCUAAUGAGAAUGUCAGCAUCAGACACAGCAGCUCUCUAGACAUGCAUACAUACUGCAUGUAUAUAUAUAUCUAUAUCUCCAUAUAUGAGGAAGCAAAACGCUAUAAAAAGUGCAUACAUAACUCAAAAUGUGUCUCACAACUAAUGCUGCCGUGUUUUUAAGCUAAAGUAGAAGUGAAAGAGCUUUUUGUCCUGCGUUGUAAUUUACACAAGGAUACAAAAAUAGUAUAUAGGAUGAUGAGCUAGGUUUCUUCCCACUCACCAGCAUAUCAGUUUAAGGAUAGCUGUGUCCAAGGAAAAUGCAAAACACAUGCCAAUGAAAUGGCCAAUAGGACUUAGUAUCAGAGUGAUGUUCUCUUCUGUCACACCAAGUACAUGGAAGGGCUUCGUUCAAAGCUUCAGAGUGGACGAACUGCUUUAGUUAGGUUGGAACAUAGAAACCCAGGCAGAAAAAGGCUUUUUCUCUGCCAAUAGAAAGUGAGGAAAAUAAGAAAAAAGGAUGGAAAAAACAACGUAAAACAGAAAUCAUCUUGAUACUUGUAGUCUAGGUGUUAAACAGAAAGAAGGAAUGAAAGUCAAAAUAACAAAUUAAAGCCUGAAUAUUGUGUGUUCAGUGGAUUUCUAAUUCUGUAUAUAUCUAUUAAACCAGUGCUAUAUGAUAUCUUUUCAUGGGUUACUCUCUUUCUCCUGUUCCUUUUCCUUUUUUUUUUUUCAGUUUGUAUAUUGAUUUUGUAAGCUAGCAGUGUGUUACCUUUUCGAUUUUUUUAAACCUGUAUGAAAGCCAUAUAUCCAUAUUGUAGAAUGAAAGUAUUAAUCCUGUAACAUCCCUUAAUGUUUCCCUUAGCUCUGUGGGAUUGUGGGAGGCUCUAGCGAAUGUAUAUGUUUACCAAUUGUAUCAACAUAAUUUACUUGCUCUUAGCGGUGAUAAAGAAUUAAAUAAACUAAUAAAGAGAA